AGAAUUUAAUGAAAGUCUUUGAUAACGUACUCCGGAUUAAUCUGAGGGCUUACGUCAAGUUAAGUCAAUUAGCCAUUCCUUAUCUCGAAGAAACCAACGGCACUAUUAUUAGUAUAUCAAGCAUUGCGUCAACUCAUCCGACCAAAUUAGCUCUUGCUUAUGAUAUAUCCAAAGCGGGUGUGGAUAUGAUGACCAAAGUUAUGGCACUAGAAUUGGGUCCAAGAAUUAAAGUCAAUACAAUCAAUCCUGGUGUUACUGCCAGUAAUUUUGGUCAAAAUUCUGGUGUUCCGAUAGAAAUGAUGAAACAACUGGAGCUCCAGUCGGCCAGACAGGCACCCCUACAAACUAUAGGCCGUCCCCUCGAUAUAGCCAAUGCGGUGGCAUUCCUGGCCUCAAAAGACGCUCAGUUUAUAACCGGUGCUAAUCUGGUGGUCGACGGAGGGGCAAAGAAUUCACGCGAUUUUACGGGCAAAGUAGUACUGGUCACCGGAUCCAGUUCCGGCAUUGGGGAGGGUAUCGUUAAAUUACUCUCUGUAUUGGGUGCCAAAGUUGUGGUCACCGGUAGGAAAGAGGAUCAAGUGAAACGUGUGGCACAAGAAGUCCAAGAAUUAUCACCGAAAAAAUUAAAACCGUUGGCUGUUGUGGCGGAUGUGACCAAAAAUGAUGACUUAAAUAAUCUAAUGAAUCAAACCAUUAAAACAUUUGGCAAAUUAGAUGUAUUGGUGAAUAACGCCGGUAUCGGGAUGUUUGCCGGCGUUAAGGAUAAGAAUUUAAUGAAAGUCUUUGAUAACGUACUCCGGAUUAAUCUGAGGGCUUACGUCAAGUUAAGUCAAUUAGCCAUUCCUUAUCUCGAAGAAACCAAUGGCACUAUAAUUAGUAUAUCAAGUAUUGCGUCAACUCAUCCGACCAAAUUAGGUCUGCCUUAUGAUAUAUCCAAAGCGGGUGUGGAUAUGAUGACCAAAGUUAUGGCACUAGAAUUGGGUCCAAGAAUUAGAGUCAAUACAAUCAAUCCUGGUGCUACUGAAAGUAAUUUAGGUGCCAAUGCCGGUAUUCCCGUCCAAAUGAUGAAACAAGUUGCAGACCUAAUGGCCAAACGGGCGCCCCUACAGACUACAGGCCGUCCCCUCGAUAUAGCCAAUGCGGUGGCAUUCCUGGCCUCAAAAGACGCUCAGUUUAUAACCGGUGCUAAUCUGGUGGUCGACGGAGGGUUGUCUAUUGAUGGGUCGACACAACCGAAUGAUACCGUCGAUAGCGACCAGUAUCGGGAUCUGCCGAUCGCCCCUCCCGACCCGCACAGGCAGGGCUUAGGCCUAUUGGAGGCACAACCACUCGACGGGCGGUCAGAGUUGUCUGAAAGCCGUGGCAAUCAAAUAAACCGUUUAUUUUGA